GGCGCGUCGGCAGGCGUGCGGAGGCGUGGCCCCGCGCUGAUUGGCUGCGGCGGUGUUCUCUAAAGGCGGCGCGCGCGCAGAGCGGGAAUCGUUGAUGGCGGCGGGGCCUGCCCUUGUCUGUUCCUGUCCUUGAGCCCAGGCCCUGAGGUGAGGCUGAGAAGUGGCGCGGAGGUGAGCCCAGAGCUGUCCCUGAGGUGAGGCUGAGAAUAAGUGCAAGGCAGAGGUGCUGCUGAGGAAGGAGAGCCCCGUGGUGGGGAAGAGACAAAGCUGUGAGUGCCCAUCCCCAAGAAGGUGCUGUGUCCAUCCCCUGUGUGCCAGGAUUUCUCCUUCCCAAAGCUUGGCCAGAUGAAGGAGGCUGCAAGAAAGAGGAAGAUGCCUUGGGCCCCCCAGGCAGGCCCCGAGGUGAGGACGGAGAGCCCAGAGGACAAAUCCCCCCUUGAGACCCUGGUGGGAGAGGCCGUUUUGAAGGGCUCCACGGUGCAGGAAGGCAGCGGGGAGGAAAAGGGCCAGAGAUCCCCCCACAGGAGGAGCUCCAAAGCCAGCCCAGGGUGCUCUGAGGAGGAAAAAGCCAGCCUGUGCCAGGAAGGCGGCCGGAGCUUGAGGCAGAGCUCUGACCUGGUGGUCCCUGAGCAGCCUCCCAGCAGAGAGAAGCCCUUCAGGUGCUUGGAAUGUGGGAAGAGCUUCAGGAAGAGCUCCCACCUCCUCACCCACCAGCACAUCCACACUGGGGAACGGCCCUACACCUGUGGGGAAUGUGGGAAGAGCUUCAGGAUGAGCUCCAACCUCCUCAAACACCAGCACAUCCACACUGGGGAAUGGCCCUACACCUGUGGGGAAUGUGGGAAGAGCUUCAGGAUGAGCUCUAACCUGAUCCGACACCAGAUGAUCCACACUGGGGAGCGGCCCUACACGUGUGGGGAAUGUGGGAAGAGCUUCAGGGAGAACUUCAUCCUGAUCCGACACCAGCGCAUCCACACUGGAGAACAACCCUACAUGUGUCGGAAAUGUGGGAAGAGCUUCAACUGCAGGUCCAGCCUCGUCACCCACCAGCGCAUCCACACUGGGGAACAGCCCUACAAAUGCUUGGAAUGUGGGAAGAGCUUCAGGCAUAACUCUCACCUGAUCCGCCACCAUCACAUCCACACCGGGGAACAGCCCUACAAAUGUUUGGAAUGUGGGAAGAGGUUUCCAACCAGCUCACAUCUCCUCAGGCAUGAGCAGACACACACGGAUGAGAGGCCCUUCCGCUGCACCGACUGCGGGAAGGGCUUUAAGGAGAACUCCAACCUCAUCAUCCACCGGUGCAUCCACACCGGGGAGAGGCCCUACAAGUGUGGGGAGUGUGGGAAGAGCUUCACCCAGAGCGGUAACUUGACCUCACACCAACGGACCCACCAGUAAGGGCCCCCUACGAGUGCCCCGACUGCGGGAAGAACUUCGACCACUGCUUCCACCCUGAAUACACCCCCUGAUGGGGAGGCAACCCCUGGAGUCCAGUGACUGUCAGUCCAUCCCUUUCAACCACAAAGGGCCAGUCCCCUUUCCCUGGGGGAGCUUCUUCCAACAGAACCCUUCUUGCAGGGUGUGUGGAGAUUCCUGCCUUGGCUGGGGACCCCCCAAGGUCACUCCUGGAGGUUGAGAGCAGAGAUCUUCCCACGAGCGUUGGUUUGGGGGAGUUCCAUCCCUCUCUAAUUAAGAAUUAUUGCUUUUGUGCCAGCUUUAGUAGAAUUGCUUCAACAAUUGUUUUACUGUAGAGCACUGUCCUAUCUUAUCCUGUACUCCUGGUAGUUUUAGUGUUUCUAUUGUACAGGAAAUAAUUCUGAUGAAGAUCUUUUGUCUGAUCAUUUGUAUCCCUAAAUAAUUCAUUUCUACCAAUAGAUUUUAUUUGCCAUCAUUAAAACCUGGGGGACAAAAGUGGUUCAGUCACACCUCUGUAAUUCCUCCAAACUGAAACUGUUGGCAUAAUCCAAGGCUGGGAUUGGAUCCAGCAGCCCCCAGCACCCCAGAGGAAGUUGGGAGCUCAGGGGGGCCACCCCCUUUACGAACCUCCCUGUGCCCAAAGACCCCCAUGGGAC